UUGAUCGAUAGAAUCACUCAGUGUGAAACAUGUCUGGAAGAGGCAAAGGCGGUAAGGGACUCGGGAAAGGAGGCGCUAAGCGUCACCGUAAAGUUUUGCGCGAUAACAUCCAGGGUAUCACCAAACCCGCUAUUCGUCGUCUUGCUCGCCGCGGCGGCGUCAAGCGCAUCUCCGGUCUGAUCUACGAGGAGACCCGCGGAGUGUUGAAGGUGUUUCUGGAGAACGUGAUCCGCGAUGCCGUCACCUACACCGAGCACGCCAAGAGAAAGACCGUCACCGCCAUGGAUGUUGUGUACGCGCUGAAGAGACAGGGACGCACCCUGUACGGCUUCGGGGGAUAAACGCCUGAAACAAACCACAUUAAACAAAAGGCUCUUUUAAGAGCCACACACUCUGACACAUAAAGAGUCAAUGUUUUGAUUAUACCAAUCAUUAAACUAAUUUGUUUUCUGAAUCUAUGACACCCCACCAAAUAUCUUUACACAGACUUUUACAAACAUUUGCUUUUCU